AUGCUGGGGAAACUUCUGGCUCGAGGUGCCGUCGCCACCCAGCGGCGACUAGCAGUUGCCUCGCGUCGCCGCCGGGUCGCGUCCGUCAACCUGUGGGGAGGCGCGCCUGGCACUGCCGCCACUUGUACUUUCGACUAUGCUGCUGUGGUGCCGCAGCGCCAGCUCGGAACGGCGGUAGACUCCGCCGACACGGGCUUUGUCGAGGGCAGCAACAACGGCGUCGACGGCAGCUUUAGCAAUAGCGGCGAAAGCCCUCGGCAGCAAUGGCAACGACAAGGGCAGGAGGAGCCAGCAUCCGCGGAACGACGGUUUGAAGAGGAGGAGGAGGAGGGAGGUCAGGGACUAGAGGAAGGGUCAGAAGCAGCGUGGGGAAGGGAGGAUGACGACUCAAGUCGAGGGGGUAGAGGAAGGCGGGGUCGGCGCAGCGGCAAGAGGAUCGGGCGUGGCGGAGGCGGCGGUGGCGAGAGCAGAGGGAAGACGAGGACGGGACAGUUCAUCGCGGAGAUGCAAGAGCUAAAGCGGACGGGGGAUUGGAUCGGGAUAAUCGACAUGUACAAGCAGGCCUGCGACGACGAGAACGUCACACUCAACCGCGUCAUGAUAAACACCACCGUGGCCGGGCUGGCGCGCAGUCCCAGGUGGCAGGUCUCUCUCUCGAUUUUCCAGGAGAUGCGCGACGCCGCUACCAUAACGCCGGACGCGUACACGUUCAACGCGGCCUUGAUGGCGUGCGCGCACGGGCGUCAGGACAGGCUGGCGUUCGCCCUGUUGGGUGAGAUGCGUGAGGCCGGAAUCAAGCCCGACUCCUUCACGUUCACGCACCUGGCCACGGUCUGCGGGCACAAGGGCGAGUGGGAGAGGGCCUUCUCCCUGAUAGAGGAGAUGAGGGCGGAGGGGAUCCGGCCCAACUGCGUCGCGUAUAACGCCGUCAUCGUCGCGUGCGGCAACGCCGGGGAGCACGCCCGCGCGGUCGGGGUGCUCGAGCAGAUGAGGGAGGGAGGGGUGCAGCUGACCGAGGGGACCUACAGCGCCGCUAUCGCGGCCUGCGGCAAGGCGGGCCAGUGGGAAGGCGCGGUGGACCUCCUGGAAGAGAUGAAGGAGGGCAGGGACAACCUGGAGCCGAACGAGUACUGCUACAACUCGGCCAUCUCGGCGUGCGAGAGGGCGUCAAGGUGGCAAGAAGCCCUGGCCCUGCUGCGAGAAAUGCAGGAGGCCGAGCUCAUAGUCACGGCCGGCACCUACUGCCACGUGGUGAAGACCUGCACGAACGCCGGCGAGAUCUCGCAGGCGAGAGGCCUCCUCGACGAGAUGCGCGAGAAAGACAUGCCGCUCAAGAAGGGCACGGUCGCGAUGGUGGAGAGGAAAGCGGAGAGGCGCAGCGUUGGCCACCGCCCGCGGAGCGCAUCACCACCACCAGCACAACCAGGUGGUGAAGCUGCGCCGCACGACUCUCCUUUCCCCGAAGCCGCGCGUGAUACGGAGUACGUGAACGCCUCGGCGUCCUGGACGCAGCAGGUUCCCAGGAGCGAUGCCGCCUUCCCUGCGGUUGCUUCUGAUGCCCCCCCGCCUGCGGCUUCAACGCCAGCGGCGGCCGUGGGACCGCCGCCCCGGCCGCGCGUCCAUGCCGUCAAGCACUUCCUGCGGUCCGUCGGUAGCCACUCCAGGCAUAGGCGCUGGGCUGAGAUGCUGUCAGAGCUGGACCACGCCAUCGCCGACCCGAACACCAAGGUCUCGCUGCGCAUGUACGAGGGGUGCCUGGUCGGCCUGUCGUCGGGGGGGAAGUGGGUAGAGGCUCUCUCGGUGCUGGAGAAGAUGGAGUCGGCAGGGCUGAAGCCCAGCGCGCGCUGUGUGACGGCUGCGACAAAGGCCUGCGCGAAGGCGAACCCGCCGAAGUGGGGCCUGGCGCUGUCGCUCGUGCGGGGGCUGGAGGAGCCAGAGGUGUGGACGUACGUGGCGGCGCUGGCGGCGCUGGGGAAGGCGGGGCAGUGGAAGGCCAGCACGGCGCUACUGGAAGAGAUGAGAACUGAGGGAGUGUCGCCUAACUUGUACUGCUACAACGGGGCGUUGGAGUCGUGUCGCCUGGCGGAUCCCCCUCAGUGGCAGCACGCGUGCUCCCUGCUGGCGCAGAUGAAGGAGGAGGGGACGGCGCCGAACGAGGUGUGCUACAAGACCGCCGUAAACGCUUGCCGGGCAGCGUCAGAGGACGACGUCGCGGAGUCACUCUUGAGUGACAUGAUCGCGGCGGGAUUUGCUACGCAGGCGGAGAAGCUCAAGACUCCCCCCGUCGCAGCAGCUGCAGCAGAGUGCGACGGACCAUGACACGAUGAAACGGAGUCUACUCUGUUGCCCAUAUGUGAUUUUUUCCCCGGGGAAUGUCGUGUCCCCUUGUCGAAGCGGCGGCCUCGGGCAGGCGGGCUUGCGCUGGCUGUGGAAGGAUCUCGACAUGUACUCGUCUGCAAUGUAUAGAGCGUAUGUGCUGUUCUAGUCCGAGACCACAAAGUAGAACAGGAACGGGG